AACAAACUUGCAAUUCCUAUACGGAUACGUCGUAAGGGCUUGGAGUUGGGGCUUGGGUUCGGCGGAGUCUACAGUUGAGGAGAGGCGAGAGGAAGAAGAAGAAGAAGAAGAAAAAGAAGAAAAUGGCGGAGUCAGUGGCGGUGUGGCUCAUCACCAUAUUCGCCAUCUUGACCUUCACAGUUGUUUCGGCCGUGGAAGACAAGUGCGCUGCAUGUUAUGCGGUUGCUGAUGAGUUGGAGCUAGGGCUUUCAAAUGAAAAACCUAGGAAUCAUCUGGAUAUGAGAAAUCGAUUGAAUUCUAAAGGUCAACGGGAAGGAAAGGUAAUCGAUUACAGAGUCAGUGAGCUGAGAGUUGUCGAACUCAUGGAUGGACUUUGUGAGAAGAUGCAAGAUUACACUCUUCAAAAGAUGGAUUCUACUAGAAGCUUGUGGGUGAAAGUGGAUAAUUGGGAUAAUCUUACAGCGAAUAAGCAAGAGGCUCGAGCAUAUUCAAAUGAAAUAACAUCUUAUUGUGGAAGGUUACUGGAGGAAACUGAAGAUGAGUUGGCAGAAUUGAUAAAGAAAGGAUCCGUGAAAGUAGGAGGUGUGAGUAAAGUUCUUUGUCAGGACUUGACCAAGCAUUGCACCCAUUCAAGAAAUGAGUCAAAUGGGGAUGAUGAUGAAGUACCAGAUGGAGAACUCUGAGUCUGUGGUUUUAUAGAGAUUAUUUAAGGCCAUUAACUAGUAGUGGAAAAUUUUCCAGAUUAAAAAUGGCACUUUUGGAUUUUUUGAAUUUUCAAGCUUCUAAUUACAGAAGACAAAUUAUAUGAAGUCCAAUCUAGCAGUAACAGUUCUCUUAAGCAUAGUUUUGUCUCAGUAUUUAUCCAAAUAUUAAACCUUCUUUACAUGUACGACAAGAGAGUUGCUGGAAAUGUGAGCCAACUGCU